UUAAAAUUGUAUGUGUAUAUAUGUGUGCGUGUAUACAUACAUACAUACAUACAUAUAUACAUAUAUGCAUAUUUCCCAAAACCCAAUUUUUGUUAUUUUUUUAAACCUAAAACCCACAGUCCCUUACAAUUGGUUUUACUAAUGGUACUCUGAGAGAGAUGUCAUAAUUUUGCUAUAAUGGGCUGUAACCCCAAUUCGACCUCAGUCUUGCAGCAGCUCCGGGCUGAAGAAAGUGAAAAUCUAGCAAGUCUCCAGAGGGUGGCGCACGAGGCCGACUGACAGUCAGGAGCUGGCAGCGGGCUCGCGCUCCAGGCGCGCGCCCCAACCCUCUAGCAUCCACCCAACUCCCCCAUUUAGUACGCGAGUUUACCUCUAGAGGUCAUCAGGCAGGAUUUACGACUGGACAACAAAAGCACGUGAUAUAAAGUCGUACCCCAUAUUUGGGUGCCUACGUAGGAGGGAACCAAGUACUUGUCCCAGUCAUUUCCAUAAUUCAUCAUAAAUUGUGCAAGGGUGCUAUAGACGCACCAAAAAACGAAGCAAAGAGCCACAAAUCAAGGCCCCUCGAUUAAAAAAAAAAAGCCAACAACAACAACAACAAAAAAAACCCUAACAAGCCCCAACAACAACAACAAAUGAGCUCCUAUUUUGUAAACUCAUUUUGCGGUCGCUACCCAAAUGGCCCGGAGUAUCCGUUACAUAAUUAUGGAGAUCCGAGUGCCGUGAGCGAGCAAUUCAGGGAAUCGGCCAGCAUGCAUUCCGGCAGGUACGGCGGCUACAGCUACAAUGGUAUGGACCUCAGCGUCGCCCGCUCUGCUUCCAGCCACUUUGCGCCAGGGGGGGCCACAGAGAGGGCUCGCGGCGGCAGUUACCCCUCCAGCGCCAACACCAACGCCAGCGCCGCCACCCCCGACGCCAGGUACGCCAACCGGGCGGCGGCCGCUCACUCGCCUCCGCCUGACUCGCUGCCUUGCGCCGCCGUGGCCGCCUCGCCUGUCAGCGGCGACGCUCAUCACGGUGGGGGAAAAACCUCCACCGUUAACUCGACCACCAGCACUUCGUCCACGUCUAGCGGCACCGCCAGCGCCGGCGGCAGCGGCAGCGCCAGCAGCAACGGCAGUGGCAGCACCAGCACCAGCCACCUGGGCAGAGAAGGGCUUAGCACGUCGCCGGUCGCCCAGGAGGAUCCUCCCGCCAACAACGAGCAGGCGACCUCUCAGCAGAACGACCAAAACACAGCUCAACAGGCUCCCCAGCCCCAGAUCUACCCCUGGAUGAGAAAACUUCACAUAAGCCAUGACAACAUAGGGGGGCCCGAAGGGAAAAGGGCUCGGACUGCUUACACCCGCUACCAGACCUUGGAGCUGGAGAAAGAGUUUCACUUCAAUAGGUACCUGACCCGCAGGAGGAGGAUUGAAAUAGCACAUGCUCUUUGCCUCUCAGAGAGACAAAUCAAGAUCUGGUUCCAAAACAGGCGCAUGAAAUGGAAAAAGGAUAACAAGCUGAAGAGCAUGAGCAUGGCAGCUGCAGGAGGAGCCUUUCGCCCUUAAGAGAUAUGCCAGCCCUGCUUCUCCCCCAUCCCCCAGCCCCUGUCCCAGAGAGGGAAAAACAAUAAAAGUACAAAAACACCACAACAAUUCAACAGUAUUAUAUAAAUGCUGACCCUGCGUAGGCGCGUCAGUAAUUUCUCUUUGCUUAACUUCCCUAGAAGGGCGAAUCAACCCUCUGCUGAUGUAUCUUAAUAAUCAUGAGCCUGUUUAAUUGAGCCUCCCUAGUGCGCGGCGUGUUACAGUAGAUCGGCUUCCCUGUGCAUUUCUUUGUCUUUAAUAGCUUUGUCUUUUUUUUUUAAUGUAGAUGUUUUAACUUAUUUAUAUGAAGCAAGUGGCGUUACUUGAAGUAACUGUAAAAACAGGAAAAAAAUAGUCCUACGCAAACACUAAGAAAAGGAAAGGAGGCUUCCCUUCCUUACCUUCCUCCCUCCCUCCCUCCCUCCCGCACCCCACACUCAGUCUGGUUUAAACCCAGUGUUUUUCUCUGUGUUGUUGCCCUCGCUGUGCUUAACCAUGCAUGUGUGUUUGAACGUGUCAGUGUAUGUAUAACUCCAAGCUGUGACCAAGAUUUCCAAUCAGAAAAAAAUACUACCUAAUUCCUGUGUCAUUAAUGGCUGUUGUAGAGGUGAAAUAAUGAAAAACAAGCUGAACUUGUCCAAACGUGUAGUGAAUAGUGAAUCUGUGACGAAAACUGUGAUUCCAGACAGUAUGUCCUUGCUGUGCCUUUGUAUAUGACUUUUUGCACGAACUCUUAAAAAUGGCUUUUAUUAAGCGCAGCUUCGGAAAAGUAUAGGGGUUUGGGGGGGGGCUGUUGUUUUUGUUUUGUUUGUGGACACAGUUACAAAUAGAGUCAAAGUUUGAACAAAAAAUGUGAUCUUUUUUUAAAAAAAGAAAUGUGGAUUUUUUUUUUCAACUGACUGGAAAAAUAAACUUUCUUUUGUAAGGGAUCUUCUCCCCUUUUUCUUUCUAUUCUGUCUUUUGCCUUUUGAGGGGGAGCUGGUCUGUACCCUACAGAGACUCAUAUAUUGCUCCACAUUUAGUCUGGAGACUAAAGUUGGAGACGAAACUGAGCCCAAUAGCCCCUGUAAACUGAGCAAAGAUUGCUUUCUGGGUUGAAUGUUGUAUAAGAAACACAGAAGUGUUUGUCAUUUUUUGGGGGGAAGAAAGAUACUACACUGUUAACUCUUUCUCCUAAGCAAGCAAGCAAGCAAGCAAGCAAACAAACAAACAAAGAAACAAACAUAUAAACAAGCAUUUGCUUUUCUCAACUUCAUUUCUAAGAACUUUAGCUUUCUAGAGGGAACUAAUGAAAACUAACGGGUGGGCAGUUAUAGAUAUCUUCCAGAGACUCUUAUACAAAAUCUACCAUGAAUUACACUUCAUGUGCAAUUUUAACAGAUAUUGGGGAAAGACUGUCUUAACUCAACUCAAAUAAAUAUGUAUUUCUUUGUUUAGCUUUGCUACAAUUAAUUUUGCUAGAAAUGUAACACUACUUACCCAACCCAGAGCUUGAAUGGUUAAUGCUUCUGAAUUCCUAAGAGUAACUAAAGAUCUGUAGAUUUACAGGCGAAGUAUAUUGGUAUCUUCCCUUAAAAGUUAUAAAGCAGUAAACUUUAUAAGCCCAAGUUCCAGCUAUAUGACAUUUGGAUACCAAAUGAAUAGGGUUUUGUCUAUGAAUUAGAUCGUAAAAUCAUCCAUAGUACAGACAGAUAGGCUCACUGGCUAUAAAAAGUCACGUGGUACCAUUAAAGUAAGUUUUAUGGUUCUGGGGAGUUGUCAUCCAACAUUAUAUACCACAUAACAUAUAAUCACACUGACGCUGGACUUCAUUUGACUCUCUUACAGGCUACAUGUGCCUCCUGGUCAUUCAAAUUGUCAGGGUUUAGGUACAGAAGUAUCUCUCCCCAAGUUCUCAAAUACUCAGUGAAAAAAAGCGCUUAAGGUAAGUUAUGUGCGCAAGUUGCUUAAGUUUGUUUUUGCAGUAGAGAACUCAGCUAUACUUUUGCCUUACUCCUUGUUUUUGGACCUCACAGUAUUUUGAAAUAACUCCAAUAAUCUCUUCAAGGUGCUACUUUAAAGACAGGGUGAUUUUUCCAAUCUGCCCCAAAUCCUAUAUAAUUUGAACUUUUCUGGAGUUGAGUUAAUACAUAUAAGAACAACAAAUUUUAUUGUCAUCUUAAUCAAACAUUCUCGAAGCAAGAAAAGCAAAAUAAGAGUCUUUGGCAGAGAUGGAUUUUGAGGCCUAACUUUAUGUUGGCUAAAGCAAAUGAUAAUGACUUCCUUUGCUCCAUGAAGGGUCUUUGUUUGUUUGUUUCUAUAAAUUGUAUUUAUGGGAAGAAGAGUCCUCAAGCCAAUUUAAAAAGAAAGAAUGGGGGGAGGAGAAUGGUUUUGGCUAUAAACUUGUUGGAAGGAUCAACAACCCCAUUGUUAUUGGCAUGUCUGGAAUAUUUUCAUCUAGAUGAAAUAUUUACAUAUAACAAUAAAGGUGUUUUAGUUGAUUUUAAA